AUGCCAAGAAACACAAGCCAUGUUAACACGCGGGUUGUCGCGGCGGUCCCGCACAGCUCUCAUGAUAUGGUUGUCCAUAAUCCUCGUAACGCAGUUGUUACAGAGGCCUUGGAUAGCUCGUAUCAUCAUAAUAUGGCUGCUGCAGUCGGUCCCUAUGGUCUCAUAGAAGUUGGAGGUGACCUUCGAAAGGGCGACUACGAAUUGUCAAACUACCACAAAAAGACUUUGAGUUCCUGUCUCCAGAAGGAAGUUCAUGAACACAACCAUACUCGUUCAAAGCUUCAGGAUAUGCAAGCAGCUUUUAUCGCUGCAGAAGGUCACGCUUCCAGCCUUAAUAUCUAUUCAUCAGAGCUUUAUGAAAGCAACAAAGAUCUCCAAAAGAGGACCAAUAUCGCAGAAGAGGCUUUACAUGUCAGUCAGAUGCAACUCACCGGCUCUCAGCAGAAAAUUUGCGCUCUCGAGCGAGCCUUAAAUCUCUGUCAAAUGAAGGUAGCGGAAUCUCAGUUAUUGUCUACGGAACACCCUGAGAGAGACCAAAUCAUGCUUACAAUUCCUUUGGAUAUCAAAGGCAGAAGUUGCGCUUGUACUGGCAGGGACAUUCGAGAAGUGCUCAACUUCAGGUUGAAACUCCCUCUCGAAGUGGAUGAUGGAAAAUGCGUGUGUGAAGGUGGAUCUGGACCCACAAUACAUGAGGUACAUCAACCAACAUUAGUCCAGUUGGGAACAAGUGUAGACAAUAGGCAUCGAAGAAGUACGUCAAAACAUGGCCAAAUCAGCCCCUUAUGGUUAAAUGGAGAUCCUGGAGAUAUGACAAGAGAGGUCACGGGUAACUCUAGUGUGGAGAAUAUCCAUACACUCCACGCUCAGAGAAUUGACCUUGUCAACCAUACUUUCCAAACUUCGAAGAACGAUUCUAAUAAUCGAAACUCCGCCGCAACAGAUGUCAACUCUGGAGAGAUAAUCGAGCAUGUCAUGCCGAGAGAUGAUUCGACAAACCCUGAACUCACCGUGGGUGCUAGGUCAACUUCCAUCCAUGAUGAUCAAACUCUCCCAAAAACUCCGAAGAGCAAAUUGCCGGAUGUUGAGUUUAUUGAGGAAGUUCAUCAAGGAAAUGAUACACCAACAAUUCAACACAACUUGGGCAUGGACGACCUCGCUCUAGCAACUACCAGCGAUUGCAAUGAUCUUUCAAAAGCCCCGGAGACCAAGUUAGAUCGGGUGAGUAUUACGUCAAUGCUCCAGGCUAACGAGCACAAUGAUCGUUCUGCCUCAGCGACCGACUGUAAUCAUGCGGAGAAUAGAAGAAAUAAGCGAAAGCUGUCAACAAUUAGCGAUGUAAUGACUUGGUGCACCUCUCAAUCAAAAAGGUCUAGACUAUAG